AUGGGAAUCGAUCCGUCGUCAAACGUACCGACCAACACUCGUUUGCCGUCAGACACCUCGAAAAACAAUCAGGUCAGAGCUGGGGGGGGAAAAGCAUCACAGCGUCACGGGGGGGCUUGUGGUGAAGGUGAUGGAUGGCUCACGAUUUGCGCAGCCACCCACGGCAAUGGCAAGCCAGACAUCUGGCGGCAUGCAUCAUCUCGUGCGCAACGUAGACGUUGCCGAAACGAAGCAGCGGACGGAGGCAGUUCGCUGGCUUGUCAGUAUUUCGUUCUUGGCCAGCCGCCCGUUUGCAUGACAUCAGCGGCGGACGGGGCACGACGGCGCGCCGUUGGCUUGUCAGGGGUUUGCUUGGGGCCUGGCCUGGCCUGGGCUCUGGAGUCUGGAGCCGCCGUUGCCGCCGAAUGCUCCCGCCUACGUUUGCGAGGGCGCAAGGGGGGACCAGCGACCAGGAUCUUAUGGCACCCGCCUUCAGCCUCAUUUCUGGACUUGCUACGCGACAGCGCUGUGAUGACAGCCGUAGGAUGGUCGAGCCUGUGUAGCCUGGCUGUUCGUCAGCAGCUUUCUGCAAAGCAGAGGGUUCCAGCUGGGCAACGCAGUCAGAAAAACACUGGCGGACGGAACAUGCGUCAUCGACCCGUGUUGCCGUGUCUUGGUGUGCAAGGUUUGAUCGCUGACCUCGUGGAGACGACCAGCAACUGA